GCUUGGCGCCUCGCUCUCUUCGCGGCAUACUCACAGCUGCGAGAAAUCCCGAGUCGUGAGCGGGAACUUGACGGCUUUCGUUGCGUUGCGCUCGUCAACCAGAUUUAUAUGAUGAGGAACUGCGAGCGUGUUUCACAUCGGAUCUAAGUUUCAAUUUAGAUCCGAUCGAAGUGUGUAGUUUCAAAGCCAAUUUGUAUAGAGCCAGCAUUUCCUGAAAUUCUAAGGGCUCCUUGUUGGUAUACUAUAUAGAGCCAUCUUCUGAGUCUUCUCGUCUACACUUUCAUAAGCAUCGUCCUUGCGGAAAAGGCGGCCGGGUCCGAGUCCAACAUGCACUCACGUUCUGAGUACCUCGCAUUUCUCCGCGGAGGGGACGGGGGUGACAAUAUACUGCGCGUUGCGUGGCUGAAGAGGCUAAAGACGCUCACAAGUGACCCG